AUGCUUUCUCUAAUCUUUAGUCGGAUUUUCUCUCAGGAAACUUCCGGACUUGAUUUCUACUUGGGUACCAAACAAAUGAGCCUUCGCAGCCGCACGAAUCCCCACUACAAUGCUCCCAAACGCCAUUGUCUAGCUUCUCAAACUGCGCUCUAUCAAGACCCAAAGGGGAAGUACAACGAUAUCUCGUUAGCUUCUAGUAAUAUAAUGAUUCAGGUCGCCUUGGAAGAUCUCCAUGUGGACAACCUGAAGCACAAUAGAACCCGAGGAUUGGCAAACGAUAUUCUGAAGACCGAUUCGUCGAAUAUGUUGUCAAGGCUAAGAGAAAUUACUCUCUGGUUUUCUACAGAAUCGGCAGCUGGUAAGCUCGUCAAUAGAAAUUCUCUGCACUGCCCCAAAUACUGGUGUGUAUGCCCAAACUGGGGUAUCUUCACCUUGAGUUUACCCGAUACCAUGACUACCAGUCUCGAACUUCUUACUUUGGAAGGGUUCGACCUCAUUGAAUAUGCAGAUACGCUGGGAGACCUUGAUAGACGUUUGCUUCGGCACUCGCAUCGCCUGGAAUAUGUCAGAGAAUCUAGCUACCGCCUGCGCAAAGCCCAAGACGUCGUUAAGUUGCUUCGGGUGUCAUAG